AUGAUCUCGGUCGAUGGCGCUGAAAAUCCGUGGAAGACCAUAUAUCCUUUCAUUGCUCUGCACGACACAUCCGCCGCGAACACGAGUCUUUAUCAUGCUCUCUUGGCGCAGUCCGCGUUCCACCUUUCUAACUUACAUUUACCCAAAAGUGCAGAGAGCAGGCGAAAUCGGCAGAGGGGACUUGAACACUAUGUUGAAUCACUCAUACAACUGCAAGAGAGUCUCAAGUCCACAAUCACCGACUUCGAUGCUCCAAUUGCCACACUGAUGACAUUGACCAUGGUUGAGGGUGUUUACGCCGCUGAGAGUCAACAAUGGCGCUGCCAUAUCGAAGGCGCAGUGUCUGUUCUAGCAGAGACCAUGAAGAGAAUACCAAGGCUCGUCUCAACGAAUGCGUGGAUAUUAGCUCAAAGUUUGGUCCUUUUGUUCGAACUAGCACAAACCAGUCGGCCUCACAUGGAUAGGCUCUCGAAUGCAAUGGAUGGCCUAAGAGAGUUCGUGUCCUCAAAGCCCAUAUUCGGAUACACCGUCGGAGCGAGUCGGGACGUCCUUUGCUCCAUUGCCGGAAUUCACGCCGUUAGGACGAAAAUGGAAGAUGGUCUGAAGCGCAACGAUGCCAUUGAAUCUGUCACGCCACUUCUUGAGAGUCUGCAAUCUGAAGAGUCUGAUUCUGACCUGCCGCAGUUUCUACUGGAACAUCAUCACGGUCCCGGUACCACCACGGAUAGCAGAAUCCUACCCAUGAAGUCGGUUCGCCAACUGGAAAUGCUUCACCGCCGCAUAUUUCGCAAUGCAACCAUCAUAUAUCUUCACCGGACGAUCUUCAACUCGCACCCGUUGAUGCUUGAAGAUUAUGUGGACCGCGUGUUGGAUGACACAAUUGCAUUCCUCGAUCAUCAUGGCGGUAGCGUCGCUCCGUGGCCUGUCUUUAUGGCUGCGAUAGAUGCAUACAAGGGAUCGGCUCAAACGAAAGUCUCCAGAUGGCUGGAGUAUUCCUGUGCCUUGGGCAUCCAUAAUCGGUAUGCGUUUAAGCAGAUAAUUGAGGACGUCUGGGCCGAAAGAGAAAACCGAGCGAGCUUAUCCAAGAUUGAACCACACCAAAUCAUUGUGGACUGGAAGCAGAUUCAGAAGAAGCUCGGCAUAGAUGUGCUUUUAUUAUAA